CAGUAAGAUUGUGGGGGGAGGCUCACGGUUCAGCCCUAUGUCGGUCCUCCGCGUGCCCAGCCAAUCACAGCUCAGCCACGCCUACUCCCAGAACUCCCUGCACCGCAGCGUCAGUCAACUGAUCGAACAGGACAGGAAGUCUCUGAUGGGGGAGGGAGGACAAGACUCUGGGCUGUAUGUGGAGGAUGAUGAGUUUGUUGAAGCCAUCAAAGCCUUCAGCUCUGUGAGGAAGGAACACACCAUGUUCACAGACACACACCUCUAGAUGGGGGACCCCCCCCCACCCCCACAACAACCACAACAUCGGGGCUCUCGACACACUACAACUGAACUGAAAACCCAGAACUCAACUUACUAACCCCCAGCAGUCAAAACAUGAACACAAACCAUGGACCUCAAACUGAAACCAUGAACCCUGAACUCAAGUUAAGAAUCCUGGAUUCAGAACUGAAAGAAUCCCAGGCUUUCAAAAAACUCCUAUACUCGUCAUUAUUACUUUAUGCCAACUGUCAUAACCUGGAAACAGCUAAACAUUUCAGCAAGUGUGGAACUCAAAGCAAUGCCUCUCACCUCUUUCAUUUCAAUCAUGACAGUUAACCUACUGUAAGUGUGUGGUAACUGUGCCCAGUAAACCUAGCAUCAAUGACAUUUUUAAUGGUAUUUGUGACAAGACCAUUUUUAUAAUCAGUGUAAAAGCCAACUGUUUAUGUGAAUGAACUAUAUCCACAAAUGUAUCAUCUGACAGUGUUUGGUUAAUCAAUGUUGUGGUAAGUGGUUGACGGAAGUUUUGAUGUGGUAAUAUUUUUCUAGUGCUAUGUGGUGCUUCCACACACCUAACAUUGUGUUUCAAACUACACUACAUGACCAAAAGUAUGUGGACGCCUGCUCGUGGAACAUCUCAUUCCAAAAUCAUGGGCAUCAAUAUGGAGUUGGUCCCCCCCUUUACUGCUGCAUCUUACUGCUAUAAAAGAAUCCACUCUACUGGGGAGGCGUUCCACUAGAUGUUGGAACAUUGCUGCAGGGACUUGCUUCCAUUCAGCCACAAAAGCAUUAGUAAGGUCGGGCACUGAUGUUAGGCGAUUAAGCCUGGCAUUCCAAUUCAUCCCAAAGGUGUUCGAUGGGGUUGAGGUCAGGGAUCUGUGCAGGUCAGUCAAGUU